AUGAAGGUACGAAACAGGAAAAUCUGUCAGACGUGUAGGUCACGCAAAUUAGGGUGCGACGGACGGAAACCAGCUUGCUCGCAAUGUACUCAUACUGGGCGCGAAUGCUGUUACCCUUCGGAUUUCUCAUUCAUUCUCGAAACUAAGGCUAAGAGCUCAAAAGCUUCUGCUAAGGAGCCUGGAAAAAAAGCGGUUACCACCAGUGGUAUAAGCGCCAACCAACGGCCACAACCGAAACCACCUCUUGUGAUCGACAUGAUCCCUAGCACACCGAAUAAUUCCGUCCAAGGCAUGGUUCUGCUUAUCAUGCAAAGUUUCAUGCCAGAAGGUGAGUUAUCUGCCAUUUGUCAACAUAAACCAACCGAGUCCCGUAUUUGUGGUAAUUGGGUUGAAGUCCUUCCCAUCGUAAGUAAUGGUGGGCAGGGACAGGCUCUUUUAUCAGCAAUAAGCUGCCUUGCAGCAUCUAUAUCUGAUUUGCGGCAAAGCUCACACUCAACACGCGCUGAAUUGCUGGAUAAAUAUGGUUCAGCUAUGCGUUCGUUGAAGGGAGAACUUGAACGGCCGCAGAUAGACAUAUCGUCACGAGACGAAGUCGCCGUGGCCAUCAUGUGCCUCACGUUGACAGAGACGAUAUUACCGACUUCAAGAAACGGUUGGUGGCGCCAUGUGGAUGGCGUUGGUGAGUGGAUGAGGCUCUGGCCUGCCAGGUCAUUCAGUCUCGGAAUCCGUCAUAAGCUUUUCACUGGGUUUAGACCCCUAUUGGCAACUUUUUCAUCUCGCAAGGCUUCUUUUCUUUCCAGUGAAGACUGGAAAACAGACCCAUUUGAGACCCAACCCCCAUCCUUCAUGCAACGUCUGUUCAGUGAGGUCUCUGGUAUACCCACGAUUCUCGAACUUAUCGACACCCUUGAGCAUAGCCCUCCCCGUGUAGCUACCAUAAUUGCUACAGAGGCAAUUUCCCUACUGAUAAAUACCCAUAAUCAUCUUCAAGGCUGGGGCGACCCUUUAGGUGCAGAGCCAUCUACUGGCUUGUUUUGCUGGCGAAUUCCAUCAGAACGUUCAUCGGCCUGGGCGGGUUGUAAUAUAUGGUUUCCCAGUGUAUCUGUCGCCAACGUGGUCAUGCAUCUAUGGGCGUUCAAAGCAGUUUGCUUGACUGAGAUCCGAAAUCUGCGGACCAGAUUCCCCCAUGUAUCUUGCGACUGGCCAGUCCAAUCAGACUGCAAACUAGGAGAUCAUUUCCAGAAAACUUUAAGGGAGCUGUGUGUCAGAAUUGUUCAAGGGACAGAUUUCUUGCUCCAGGAUUGCAUGGCGCUGUUUGGACCAUUGUCAAUCAUGUUUCCGCUUACGACGGCUUGCGAGGUAUUCAGAAUGGAUGGUGAGCCUAGCGCAGCCUUAUGGAAAUUAACUGGUGAUAUACUCCAGCGAAGCUUGCUAUCAAAGGUUCAAUUUGGAGCACAUAGCUUUCACUAG